CCCAUCAACAUCAACAUCUUCGUAUUAAUAACAAAACAACUGGCUGAUACUUAGGAAGAUGUCUGAGCCUAUUAAUGCUAACCCUACGGUGCUGGACGUUAACGCCCUUCCGACUCGUGGCGAGGAUCACAAGCAGGAGAAAGCCUUGGACUCACAGGUCCAGGAGUUGUUAUCUCUCGCCAUUGACCAUGGCGUCGACUCAGACGUCCAAUCACAGGCUCCCAGCCUGCUGUCUGACUCUGAAGAGCAGGAGGACCCUAUUGACCCGCAGGAGAUCUUUGACCUGAUAGCGCACAUCUCUGAUCCUGAGCAUCCGUUGACGCUUGGGCAGCUGGCGGUUGUCAACCUCAGUGAUAUCAAAGUGAUUGACUCUGGCAACAGAGAUGAGAUGGGCGAAGUAAUCAUCAAAAUCACGCCAACCAUAACCCACUGUUCGCUGGCUACGCUUAUAGGCCUGGGGAUUAGAGUGAGACUGGACAGGUGCCUUCCUGUGAGGUUCAGAAUCACCAUACUGCUGAAGGAGGGAAGCCAUCAGAGUGAGAACCAAGUAAAUAAGCAGCUGAACGACAAAGAGAGGGUCGCCGCUGCUUGUGAGAACGACCAGCUGCUGAACGUGAUCUCAAAGAUGCUGGCAACCUGUAAAUGAAUCAUCUACACCUUGACCAUCGUUCCAUGUUAUCCGUAGAUUGCUUGCUUGCUGUGCUGUGAAAAAACUCAACAGAACCCCCCCCCCCCC